AUGACAGUGUCAUCGCCCGAGCCGAUCGCCAUCGUCGGCAGUGCCUGUCGGUUUCCUGGAGGUGCCGACUCUCCCUCAAAUCUGUGGAAGCUCCUACGAGCCCCGCGGGACGUUUCGAAGGAGAUCACCCCGGACCGCUUCGACCUGCGUGGCUUCUAUCAUCCAGACGGAGCUCACCAUGGCACGACCAACGUCCGACAAUCCUACCUGCUAGAGGAGGACCUCUGGGAAUUCGACGCGACAUUCUUCAACAUCAGCGCCAAUGAAGCGGACUCAAUUGACCCACAGCAGCGGCUGCUCCUCGAAACCGUCUACGAGGCCCUCGAAUCUGGCGGUCACACCAUAGAGAGCCUCAACGGCUCCGACACGGCCGUCUACGUGGGUAAUAUGGCCGUGGAUUACCACGACAUUCUACUGCGGGAUCUGAACAGCCUCCCGACUUAUUUCGCGACUGGCACUGCCCGGAGCAUCAUGGCCAACCGCAUCUCGUAUUUCUUCAACUGGCAUGGGCCGAGCGUCAUGAUGGACACGGCAUGUUCGUCUAGUUUGAUUGCGCUACAUCAGGGCGUGCAGUCCUUGCGCACCGGGGAGUCCAAGGUUGCGGUGGCGUGCGGCGCCGAAUUGAUGUUGGGACCGGAAAUAUACGUCGCCGAGAGCAAAAUGAACCUUCUUUCUCCGACAAGUCGCUCCCGUAUGUGGGAUGUCGACGCCGACGGCUAUGCGCGCGGCGACGGUAUCGCAACGGUGAUUCUGAAGCGCUUGAGCGACGCAAUCGCAGACGGCGACCAUAUCGAGUGUCUGAUUCGCGGCACAGCCACUAACCAAGACGGACGCUCCACCGGUCUCACUGUGCCCAGCUCGGAGGCUCAAGCGGCCCUGAUCCAGCAAACCUACGCGCGAGCUGGACUGGAUAUCAACGAGCCCCGCGACAGGCCACAGUACUUUGAGGCACAUGGAACGGGAACCAAGGUGGGAGAUCCGCGGGAAGCCGCUGCCAUUCAGCUGUGUUUUGGGCAACGUGAUGUCUCUGAUCCUUUGUUUGUGGGGUCUAUCAAGACCAUUAUUGGUCAUACGGAGGGCACAGCAGGGCUUGCCGGGGUCAUCAAGGGAUCUCUGGCCAUUCAGAAGGGUGAAAUUCCCCCCAACCUGCUCUUUAACCGCCUGAAUCCGUCCAUUGAGCCUUACUAUCGGGGACUGCAUGUCCCAACGAGCGUGAAGACUUGGCCGGCACUGCCAGAGGGCGUUCCACGACGCGUCAGUGUCAAUAGCUUCGGGUUUGGUGGCAGCAAUGCCCAUGCUAUUCUGGAGCAAUACCUGCCACCGACAGGAGGUUCCACGUCGGUUAAUCUCAAUGUUGUACCGGUUACUCCGUUUACCUUUUCUGCAGUAUCCGAGGGUUCUCUUGUCGCGCUAUUGGAAUCGUUCUCGGCCUUUUUGAAGACCCGGCAGGACCUGAAUCUCCCUGACCUGGGCUGGACGUUGCAGUCCCGUCGCAGUCAAUUCGCCGUCAAGACAGCGCUUUCGGCUUUGACCAUCGAUGGGCUGAUCACCAAGAUUGACCAGCAGCUGGCUGCUGUCAAGGCAAAUCCUGGAAGCACGGUUGGCAUCCGGUCGAGCCCUGCGCCAGUUCGAGUCCUAGGUGUGUUCACCGGGCAGGGUGCACAGUGGGCGUCGAUGGGUGCACAGCUCAUUCGCUCCGUGCCUAUGGUUCGCGAGAAAAUCCAUGAUCUAGACAGGUCCCUGGCAACUCUACCUCCAUCUGAUCGUCCAGAUUGGAGCAUCGAGGAGGAGCUGCUAGCCGGGCCGGAAAAUUCUCGUAUCCUUCAGGCCGCACUGUCGCAACCCCUAUGUACGGUGAUUCAGAUCAUCAUAGUCGAGCUUCUGCGCGCAGCUGGUAUCACCUUUGAGGCUGUGGUAGGCCACUCCUCUGGUGAAAUCGCGGCCGCGUACGCUGCUGGCUUCUUCUCCGCGCACGACGCGGUACGCAUUGCAUACUACCGCGGGCUUCACGCCCAUUUGGCCUGUGACCCGAGCGGCCAGAAGGGGGCGAUGCUGGCAGUCGGUACAUCGUGGGAGGACGCGCAGGAUCUCAUAGAUCUUCCCUUCUUCCGGGGCCGUCUUCAAAUCGCGGCGCAUAACUCUGCUGCUAGUGUCACCCUUUCGGGUAAUGCGGAUGCCGUCGUCCAUGCGAAGAAGGUUUUUGACGAGGAGAAGAAGUUCGCCCGGCUGCUCAAGGUCGACACGGCCUAUCACUCUCACCAUAUGCUGCAGUGUGGAGAUGCGUAUAUCCAGUCUCUCCGGAAAUGCGGAAUUGAGGUGAACAAGGACCGCGACCCCUCGUGCACGUGGUAUUCUAGUGUCACCGCUGGCGAAGUGAUGCAGCCCGCGGAUGAGCUCCGAGAUAUCUACUGGAGGGACAACAUGACAAACGCCGUUCUCUUUGCUGAAGCCGUGAAGAACGCGGCGGGCGACCAGCUCACAAUUGCCCUCGAGGUCGGGCCACAUCCGGCACUCAAAGGUCCAGCGACUCAAAAUAUAUCCGACGUGCGAUCUGCCCUACCGUAUACUGGGAUCCUCAACCGAGGGAGUAACGACGUUGAAGCCUUUUCGGACGCACUAGGUUUCAUCUGGACCAGUCUCGGUCACGGCAGUGUUGACUUUGAGGCUUGCAGGAAAGCUCUUGCGGGAGAUGCAUCACCAAGCUUACUUGUUGGACUUCCCUCCUAUCCCUGGAGCCGGGCAAGAACACAUCGCCAUGAGGCACGGAUUUCUCGAAAGAUGCGCGCCAUUGUAGAGCCCGUACAUGAGCUACUCGGCGUCCCCUCUGCAGCUAAUACGGAGCGCGACCGUCGCUGGACGAAUGUGCUCAAGGCUAGUGAAAUCACCUGGCUCAACGGCCACCAGCUCCAAGGGCAAACCGUCUUUCCGGCGGCGGGCUACAUUGCCACGGCCUUUGAGGCGGCUAAAAGCGUUGCAGGCGAGAGAUCCGUCACCCUGUUCGAACUUCACAACCUGAUCAUCCGCAAGGCUAUUGCAUUCGAGGAUACCGGGAACUUUGCCGUCGAGACUCUUGUCACUUUGACCGCGAUCACGUCCAUUAGCCAUGCUGGUACCGACCAGGAACAGACAGCCGAGUUCUCGUAUUAUGCGUGCCCUAAUACGGGCACCGACGAGAUGGAUUUGGUGGCCAGCGGGCAGGUCAGAAUAGCGUUUGGCGCCUUUUCGCCCACUACUCUGUUAUCCAAGCCUCUCGAAGACUCCACUAUGGUGGAGGUAGAUGCCGAUCGCUUCUAUUCAUCUCUCCUGGAGCUCGGGUACGGUUACACCGGACCUUUCCGGGGCCUGUCGGCGCCAAAGCGACGAUUCGAACAGUGUUCUGGCCUGGUAUCCAGCUAUCCAUAUGCCGACGCCGAUUCUGCUUUCCUGGUACACCCAUCGACGCUUGAUAUUGCAUUCCAGGCCGCUCUGCUGGCGCAUUCAGCACCCGGAGACGAGCGUCUUUGGUCCAUCCAUGUUCCGACAUCGAUCCGCACCAUUCGCAUCAACCCUACUCUCUGCGCGUCUGUGGCAGCUGCUGGUGCCAAAUUGCCCAUAUCUAUAGUUCUGCAUGAGCCAGAAUCUGUUGCAAUCCGUGGUAGUGCGGAAAUCUUCAGUGCAGAUGGCCGUGAGACCCUGAUCCAGGUGGACGACCUGGUGAUGGUGCCUUUCGCGCCGGCGACUGAGGCGGAUGACCGUCGCCUGUUCUCCUAUACAAAGUGGGACGUUGCCGCGCCGAACGGCAGCUCCAUUACGAACGACGAAUAUCCUAGCGAUUAUGAAAUUGCGCUGGCUGGGCUGUGCGAGAGGGUCUCGUACUAUUAUCUCCGCAGGUGGAAGUCAGAAAUCACGGAAAAUGAAUGGGAAAAUGGUCAGCCUCAUCACCGGGCUCUUCGAAAUUUCAUGGAGCAUAAUUUGUCCUCUGUACUGAGCGGUCGUCACCCUUAUAUAAAAAAGGAGUGGGCCACUGAUACGGAGCAAGAUGUAAAGACACUCUUGGCUGAAUACCCAGACAGUGUCGACUUGAAGCUCAUCUCAGCCGUUGGAGAGCACAUUCCAGCCGUCGUACGAGGCGAGACAACUGUGCUUGAGCAUAUGCUUCGGGAUAACAUGCUGGAUGACUUCUACAAGAAAGGUGUUGGAUUCGCAAAGUACAACUCCUUCAUGGCGCAGAUGAUGCAGCAAAUCACACAUCGCUACCCCCAUAUGAACAUCCUAGAAAUUGGUGCUGGUACUGGUGGUGCCACCAAGGCUGUGUUGGACGCGAUUGGCAAAACAUACUCGUCAUACACCUACACAGACGUCUCGGCGGGUUUCUUCCAGCACGCCGCCGACCUUUUUCGUGCCCAUAAUGACAAAAUGACGUUCAAGGUCUUUGACGUCGAGAAAUCACCGGUGUCGCAGGGGUUCAAUGUCCACUCAUAUGAUAUUAUCAUCGCCUCCAACGUUCUUCACGCCACGAUCUCGUUGCACCAGACGCUUGAAAACACUCGACGACUGCUGAAGCCAGGGGGGUACUUGAUGCUGCUAGAGGCAACCAACAACUGGCCAAUUCGGUUUAGCAACAUCAUGGGUGGUCUCCCAGGAUGGUGGCUCGGGGUUGACGACGGCCGCAAGCUCGCGCCGACUAUCGCACCCGGAGCAUGGCAUACGGCGCUCCGCAAGGCUGGGUUUGCCGGCGUUGAUACCAUCACUCCGGAAAUCAAUGGACUCGCCUGGCCCUUUUCCAUUAUUGCGGCACAGGCUGUCAAUGACCAAGUAAACUUCCUUCGACGCCCGUUGGCAUCUCCCACCCCGCCGGUGUAUAUCGACGAGCUUGUGAUCCUCGGGGGCACAUCGCUCGUUACCUCCCGCAUCAGUGAGCAGGUCUCUGAGCAGCUGAGCCGUUUCUGUGGCCAGGUGACGAUUCUCGAGGAUUUGCCAACCGAUGCCGAUCGAGUCUCACCCAUGAGCACGUUCAUUAAUCUGGUAGACCUGGACUAUCCCAUUUUCAAGGACCUCACCGCCGAGAGGAUGGACAGCAUCAAGCGGCUUUUCAGGCUGUCCCGGCGAGUUCUCUGGGUGACUUCGGGCGCCCAGGGAGAGAACCCGUACCAUAUGGCGAGUAUCAGCUUCGGCCGUGUUAUUAGCCACGAGAUGCCACACAUUGCUCUGAACCAUCUCGACUUAGCCCGUCUAGAUGACGACGUCCCCAAGGUCAUUUCCGAAUAUCUUUUGCGCCAGACUGCCUUAGAGGCAUGGAAUAGUGCUGGCGAGACAGCCCACCAGUUGCUUUGGUCCAAUGAACCCGAAUUCUUCUUCGAGGGUGGGCAAUGGAAGGUGGCCCGCCUGCUUGCCAAUGCAGAGUACAAUAAUCGCCUGAACACCUCCAGGAGAGCCGUGACCCAGAAGCUCUCUCUGGCUAAGUCAAAGGUCUUUGUUUCCCAGUCAACUGCCACGCUCCCUCCGCUCUUGCAGGAAGACACGCUUCCUGUUGCUCCCAAGGAGAAUCAAUCACAAGUGCGCGUCCUGUACUCGAGUCUGGCCGCACUGAAAGUUACCUCGGAUGCGUUCCUUUACCUCAGUAUUGGCAGAAAUACGUCCAACAAUGAUGCGGUUGUCGCACUGUCGCUAACCAACUCCUCAGAGGUUACACCAGUUGUAAGCGUGGCGGUGAAUAACGAAAGAACCUCGACGUCCGGUCUUCUGGUUGCAGUGACAAGUGAGCUACUCGCCACCAGCGCUAUUCAAGCGGUCCCUUCUGGCAGCCAUCUGCUGGUACAUGCCUCCAGGCAGAAUAGAUCGUUUACAGCAGCGCUCGUUCGACAAGCUGCAGUAAAGAAAGUCCGUGCUACAUUUAUCUCCGUUGAGGACACAGAAGACAACACAUGGAUCAGCCUGAAUCGCGGACUACCAGAAUAUGUCGUCCGCAGAUUGCUGCCACCGAGAGUGACCCAUUUCCUGGACGUGGUCACGGCUGAGGUCGGUGAUAUUUUCAGUGACAAGAUAUUGGCGGCCCUGCCUUCGCUGUGCAAGCGUGUUGACCUCUCAACGCUACUUGCACACCAGCCUCAGCUGCUCAGCCAUGAUCACGCUGCCAUCUUGACGGCCCUCAAAGAUGCUAUCCGUAGUGCGAAGGAUGUUACCCUUGUCGACUCUCAUACACGGGUGAUUACACUGUCCCAUUUAACCAGCACCUCAAAGCCUCACCCGCCGACUACCGUCCUCGAUUGGAUAUCAGAUGAGACAGUGAAGGUGGCGGUGCGGCCUCUUGACGCUGAGCGCCUGUUCUCUGCAGACAAGACUUACCUUCUCGUGGGUCUCAGUGGGCAAAUUGGCAAGUCACUAUGCGAGUGGAUGGUGCGAAAUGGAGCCGGAUACGUGAUUCUCACGAGUCGUCGUCCAAAUGUUGAUACAAAAUGGCUGGAAACAUUCAAGGGAACAGACGCAACGGUCAAAUUCUUGCCUCUGGACAUAACCGACAAAUCAAGCCUUGAGCAAGCGGUCCACGAGAUACGAUCGUCAUGCCCGCCCAUCGCCGGUGUUGCCAACGGAGCCAUGGUUCUCCACGACACGCUCUUUGAAGACAUGUCGUUCUCCAUGAUGCACGAGGCGAUCGUUCCCAAGAUUGAAGGUUCCAACAAUCUAGACGAAGCAUUCUACAACGACAAUUUGGAUUUCUUCAUCAUGUUCUCGUCUCUAGCGUGUCUGGUGGGCAACCCCGGGCAGUGUAAUUACGCUGCCGCAUGUGGUUACAUGACGAGUCUUGCGCGGCAGCGACGCUUGCGCGGGAGGGCAGGGUCAGCAUUCGACAUUGGUCGAGUUGCUGGCGUGGGGUACGUUGAACGGGCAGGCCAGGUGGUCGUGGACCAGCUGCGCAAAUACGGAUACAUGGCGAUCUCCGAGGCGGAAUUCCACCAGAUGUUCGCGGAGACCAUCCGGGCUGGACAUCCAGAGUAUAAAUUAAUUCCGGUAGUUACGACGGGCAUCCGCACAAUCCGCAGCGACGAGGAGAUCAAGGGGCCCUGGUUUGAUAAUCCCCUGUUCUCCCACUGCAUUGUUGAGGUCCAGGGUGUCGAUUCCAAGCAUGACGACAAGAAAGCCAGCUUGCCUGUCAUUGAACAGGUCGCAAAUGCGGCCUCCUUAGACGAUGCUUUGAACGUUCUAAAAGACUGUUUCUCGGCCAAGCUACAGGCCAUCCUGCAAAUCUCCGACGAGGCGAUGGACCAUGGUGCCUCUCUCACUGAGCUAGGAAUUGACUCGUUGGUCGCCGUCGAAGUGCGUUCCUGGUUCUUGAAGGAGGUCAAGGUCGAUUUCCCAGUUCUCAAGCUCCUCGGGGGAGGGUCCCUGUCCGAGAUCUGUGAGCAGACGCUGGGCAAACUGCCCGAGGAGAUCCGCGCCAAAAUUGGGGCCAAACCGUCGAUACCGACACCGAAACCUCAACCCAAAGCUGCAGUGUCCAGUACCGCCUCUGCAGACACGCCUCCCACAGGCACCAGCUCACCGGAUGCCCAGUCAGUGGUGGAUUCAACAACAUCUGCGCCCUCCGAGGAGUCUCUCAAGUCAACCGAGAAAGGUACGUCGUCGCCUCCUCUCACGCAGCGGGCGUUGACGUUUUUGAAGAGUGAGCAGAUAUCCUUCGCCCAGUCCCGCUUCUGGUUUCUCGGCCACUUUCUUCAGGACCCAACGACUUUUAAUGUGGCCUUCUACUACCGGGUGACCGGUAGUAUGCGCGUGGACGCUCUUGACCGCGCCGUUCGUAUCGUCGCCAGCCGACACGAAGGGCUUCGGACAUGCUUUGUGCCUCAUGAGAACGAGGCUGAUCUUGCCUCGCAAAGAGUCAUUGUACAGCUCACGCUGGAGCUGGAGCACUGGAAUAUCGACAAACUGGAAGAUGUCGCUGUGGAGUAUACCAAGCUUAAGGCUCACGUCUUCAAUCUUGAGAGAGGUGAACUUAUGCGAGUCAUUCUCCUCACAUUGAGCCCCAACGUUCACUUUCUUCUUUUUAACUACCACCACAUUCUCAUGGACGGCUUCAGCUACCAGGUCUUCCUAGCCGAGCUUGAGAAGGCCUACAAAGGUCUCCCGCUAGGGCCACCGCCUCGGCAAUUCCCUGAUUACUCUAGGGCCCAAAGACAGGAGUUUGAAAAUGGAGGCAUGGUGGACGAAUUGAAAUUCUGGCAGGGUAUCUUCCCCGAUGAGCCGCCAGUCCUACCCCUGCUGCCUAUUGCGCACGGAGGCUCGCGCGUGCCAAUGCACCGCUUUGAUAUUCAUCAGGUAGAGACACGGCUGGACCCUGAGCUGACAUCGCGAGUCAAGGCAGCUGCUAGGGCACAGAAGGCCACCGCAUUCCAUUUUCACCUGGCAGCUUUUAAAUUGAUGCUUUUCCGGUUCACCACGGUUCAGGAUUUGACGAUCGGCAUCGCCGACGCCAAUCGCAAUGACAGCGAUGUCAUGGAAAGCAUUGGAUUCUUCCUCAAUUUGCUGCCUCUCCGUUUCCAUCGCAAGUCGGGCCAACGGUUUGCAGACGCCAUCACAGAGGCCCGAAAUACGACGUAUGCGGCGCUGAGCAACUCCCGCCUCCCAUUCGAUGUGCUCCUGACGGAGCUGAAUGUACCGCGCUCCUCGACCCAUAGUCCCCUCUUCCAGGCAUUUUUCGACUACCGACCGGGGAGUCAGGACAAGCAUCCUUGGGGGGAUUGUCAAUUCGAGGUACAGGAAAUGCAUCCGGGGCGAACGGCAUACGAUAUCACGUUGGAUGUGACGGAGAGCGCCACGGGGGCCCUAGUCACCAUUCGAGCGCAGAAGUCUCUCUACGAUCUCACAGCCGCCAAUUUGCUGCUCGAUACGUACCUGAAUUUACUUGACGUUCUUACCGGGGACAUUACGCUAUUUCUGGAGAAUACCCCACUGUUUAGCAAUCAACAGCUAACUCGUGCUCUGGAACUUGGUCGAGGGCCGAAUCUCGUGUCAACCUGGCCUGAAACCCUACCCCAUCGUAUUGAUCAAGUGGCCAAGGGGAGACCGAACGCAAUCGCUCUCAAGGAUGACUCGGGGAAGGACAUGUCCUACACUGACAUGAUCAAUAGGGUCGAGGCCAUCGGCGAGAUACUGGGAAAUUGUGGUAUUCAACCGGGGGCUCGGGUGCUUGUUUUCCAACAGGCCACUGCUGACUGGAUAUGCUCCAUGCUUGCCAUCAUGCGCAUUGGUUGUGUCUACGUGCCUCUAGAUCUUCGAAACCCCCUUCCUAGGCUGGCUACAGUUGCGGUCGAUUGCGACGCGUCCGCAAUCCUCACCGAUAGCUCCACUACUCAGGAUGUACCGCAGUUGAACGUGCCUAACGCCAGGAUUAUUGAUGUUUCACGUCUAGGACCAAGGCCGUCGGCUCCCGUUUCAAAUAGCGCCCGGUCGGAUUCAGUGGCGGCGAUACUGUACACCAGCGGGUCAACCGGCACACCCAAGGGCAUCGUCGUUAUGCACUCUGGUCUUCGGAACGAGAUCGAAGGCUACACCAAGACCUGGGGACUGGGCGCGGAAUGCGUCUUGCAGCAAAGCUCGUUCACCUUCAACCACUCUUCGGAUCAAAUAUAUACAGGCUUGGUCAACGGUGGCACGGUCUAUAUUGUUCCCUGGAGCAAGCGUGGGGAUCCGCUGGAGAUCACCAAGCUUGUGCGACAGCAAGGAAUUACUUACACCAAAGCCACCCCGUCGGAGUAUUCACUCUGGAUGCAAUUUGGCGCAGAGAACCUCCGACAGGCAUCCAGCUGGAAGUUUGCCUUUGGGGGUGGCGAGCCAUUGGCCGCUGCUGUUACAAGCCAAUUCAAUAAACUUGAUCUUCCACGUCUUCGAUUCUUCAAUUCAUAUGGCCCCACAGAAAUUUCCAUCUCAUCGCACAAGAUGGAGAUCAACUACAGAGAACAACCAGGCGAAGGCCGUAUUCCCUGCGGAUACUCCCUUCCAAACUACGUGACCUAUGUACUAGACGAGCAGCUCAAGCCUGUACCGGCUGGCAUACCGGGUGAAAUCUAUAUCGGCGGCGCCGGCGUAUCCUUGGGUUAUUUGAACAACAAAAAGCUAACCGAUAUGCAUUUUAUUCACAAUCCAUUCGCGACUCCCGACCAUGUCUCUGCGGGGUGGACUCGCAUGUAUCGCACCGGAGACAUUGGCCACUUGCAGGAAGAUGGCGCCAUGGUAUUCCACAGCCGCAUAGCAGGAGAUGCCCAAGUCAAAAUACGCGGUCUUCGUAUCGAACUCAGCGACAUUGAGAGUAACAUAAUUCGCGAAUCAGCUGGAGCCCUAGGAGAUGCCGUCGUGACCCUCCGUGGUAGCGAUCCGGAAUUCCUAGUAGUACAUGUUGUGUUCAGUCCCCAUCACGAAGUCACGGAUGAGGAGGGCUUCUUGCAAUCUUUGUUGAGCCAUCUGCCUCUUCCUCAGUAUAUGAUCCCGGUGCUUGCAAUCCCACUGGAAAAGUUUCCUCUCACGAACCAUUCCAAGGUGGACCGGAAAUCUAUCCAAAGCUUGCCUCUGCCCGAGAGAAAAAUGACAACCGAAGACGAGGAGGAACUGACCCAGACCAUGGAGCAACUGAAGCGCGUAUGGUUAGAUGUGCUCCGGAACCAAGAGCUCGGUUUCAACAUUGUUCCCUCGACAAGCUUUUUCUCUGUCGGGGGCAACUCGCUACUCGUGAUCCGCCUCCAGUCGCGUAUCCGUGACGUCUUCGACGUCGCGGUACGCCUGCUGGAUCUUCUCGAUGCCAACACCCUGCGCGGGAUGGCCCAACAUAUUGAAGAAGCCGCAAGAGUCCAAAAGAUUGACUGGGAGGAAGAGACGGCUCUGUCAGACUACAAAUUGCCCGUCCGUGCGAGUUUGCCGCCGAUCCAGAAGGAGAAGAGGGUUGUUCUUGUCACCGGCACAACAGGCUUCCUCGCAAAAUAUGUUCUUCCCGAGCUGAUUGCCAACGCCGGGGUUAGCAGGAUCCAUUGCGUAGCAGUGCGAAACAAAGGCUCUGAGUCUCCCCGCAAGCUGCCUGUGUCCUCGUCCAAGAUUGUCAUUCACCAUGGUGACCUUGCAGCACCGCAGCUGGGUCUGACCGAGAGCGGAUUCGAAGUCCUAUCCCGCGAAGUGGAUGCGAUUCUUCACAUGGGCGCUGUGCGGUCAUUCUGGGACAACUACCACUCACUGCGACCCAGCAACGUCCUUCCAACCAAAGAACUGGUCCGAUUAGCCGCACCCCGUCGAAUCCCAAUUCAUUAUAUCUCAACGGCCGGGGUUUUUCCUCGAGAUGCGAGGCCCGUAGCUGUGUCUGUUGCAGGCAAUUUUCCUCCUACAGACGGAACGGACGGCUAUGUUGCUACACGGUGGGCUAGUGAACAGAUACUAGAGCGAGCAACAGCGUGUCUAGGGAUACCCACGCAGGUGCAUCGCUUUAUCCCUCCAUCCGCGGACGUAUCUCCUGUUUCCAAUGGCGACCACUUGGACGAAUUAAUCCGAUACAUCGAAAUCUCGGGAAAACUGCCUGAUUUUAGCAGCUGGGAUGGUCAUUUCCACAUGAUCCCUGCGAAAGUAGCAGCCCGUGGUCUGACGGAUGCCUUGGUCAACGAAAGCAAUGAGGAGGAAUUGUCGACAAGAUAUGCGCACCAUGAAAGUCCAAUUGAGAUUGAUGUUGCAGCGAUGAGACUUUAUAUUGAAAAAUAUUCAGGGAAUUCAUCAUUGGAGCGUAUACCAGGCCUUCGAUGGUUGGGACUGAUCAAGUCGCUUGGGUUUGCGUACUUUAUGACAUCUCAGGAUGUGAGGGCAAAGACGCGGGGAGGGGCAGCAUUUGAAUCACGGCGGUGA